UGUCAUACAUGGAAAACUCCCCAUUGUGAAUAUAUUCCACAUUUAAUUGCCAAUUCUUGGGAAUGGAUGUAUACAGAACAGAAAAAUCCCCCAUACAUUAUGCAGCUUGAUUGUGAAACAGAUGGAAGAAGUAAAUUACAACAAUUAGCUCGUUUUGGGUUUUAUUUUACUGAAUCUGAUGGCCGUACAUGCAAUAAAAAAGCAGUACACAAAGCACAACAAGCUAUGGAAAGGGGGGAAGUUGAUAUUGGAAAAGGACCUGUUCGCCUAAGUUGGGGACGUUUUCAAUUUAAAGUUUAUUGGUGGCUUGUUGAUUAUAUUUUGUUUGUUAUUUUUUUUUUCAAAAUUAAAAAAAUAUUUUAG